UAUUUUCAAACAAAAAGGGUUGAACUCUAUUGAGUUUUUUAGGGGAGUUCCACGAAAAGGAGUCCCGGGUGUACCAGGUGCUACAGAACUGGAGGCAGCUGUGAAAAAGUUGACUCCCAGUGAAAUCUUGGCGAGAAGAUCAAAUCUUCGUCAUGGGCCUACAUAUGGAGGUUAUGAUGGAGAAUCAUAUCUUCCAUUUGAAUGUCGAACACCAGACAGCUUAAUGUCUACAGGUUCCAGUAAUUACAGUGGAUGGAAAUUACCUGAGAAGUUGCAGAUUGUUAAGCCUAUGGAGGGAUCACAAACUUUACAUCAGUGGUCACAGCUUGCUCAACCUACCUUUGGGGGUAUUUUAGAUGAAAGGCCUGGUGUUAAAAUAAGGUUGGUUUUAUUCCGUUCAUAUUAA